UAGCCCCAACAUGUCUUAUUCUCCUCUGCUGGUUCCCUUACUAUCAGACCCCCCAGUCUACACGUCCGGCUUCACACCCCGCAGCAUCCAUAGGAUCAUUACACAGCACCCUCCUUGUACAGAGGCAAAGCUGGAGCUGAUGAAGAUUCUCAGGAGCCCCUUAAGGAUUCAGCAGCCCCCACCUCACACCCCUGGCUAUCUCACAUGGCUAGAAGUCAGCAAGUUACCCCCUCUCCUCACAUUACGCCAAGGCAAACCCCAUGACAGUGCUGUGUGGAGAGAGAUCACUGCAGCUCCUACCUGUCCAGGACCCCGGGAGACCAUCCCUCCACCGUCCCACAUGGAGGAGAACACAUGGGAUAAAUUUGUUUGCUGCAGCAGAAUUCGGAGAAGCGAGAGAGAUUUGAGGGCACUUCGCAUACGUAGCCAAGGAAGGGCACCCCCUACAGACACUUAUGGAAAUAUCCUACCUCCCGAAGGUUUCCGAAGAUACACGGCGCCACGUAUUACCACUGCAGCUGGAUCAGAAGAGGAAACCAUCCCUGUGGAGACAGGAUUUUACAGUGUGCCCCAGUUCCCCCACAAGCCCCGAAAACUGACCGUAAAGAACAUGUCCCCCAACUACCAGGAAAUCCAGCUGAAAUACCGGGAGCUGCAAAGAGGAGCACGUAGUGUCGCACCUUAUAACAGCCGAAUGACCACUCCGAGGACAGCGUUACAAGUGACCCAAGCGAGACCCCCCAACAGUGGCAAAAACUGAUAUUAUAAUAAAAUACGUGAGAAUAUGUAGAGCUGCAACUGUAUCACACACACACAAUAGGCUUAG